CAAGCUCUUUCCGAUUCAGCAACUUCAAAGUUCAAUGUUUCUUCGACUGUUUCCAUCCAUCAACAACUUUAAUAAUUUAAUCCAUUCAUCUUACCACACCCUCAAAUACCAAUUGUUCGCUAGUAUAUUCGGAUAGCUUGGAUAGGAAUACAUCAUCACAAUACCCAUCAUAUAAUUCCCCUUAUAUAGAAUCAAUAUGCCCCCAAAAAGGAAGUCCAAGGCCAAUACCUUGGCAGAGGUGUCCACCCCGAAAUCAUUGUCAACUCCAGCUCGCGAUGACGAUACUAUGGAUGUUGACACUCCCCAAGCAGCAGAUACCCCCCGUGCUGCAGACACUCCCACAACAUCCAAACCUAAUAACCUCCCACCAGCAUCUGAGAUCCUCAGUAACCUCUGGACCGAUGAUCAGGAAUCUUCACUAUUCAAGGCAGUUAUUCGCUGGAAACCUUCAGGUAUACAUAAGCACUUCCGCAUGAUCGCCAUCUCAGAACACCUGCGCAACCACGGGUUCGACCCAGAUGUUGAAACCCACACGCGCAUCCCCAAUAUCUGGAAGAAACUCCGCCUCUUCUACAAUAUGGAUGCUAUCGAUGAGCGCGAUAAUUCAUUCGACUACGUUAAGGGUGAAGGCGACGGUCAAGACGAGCCACCCGAACAAAAGUACAACGAUUUCGAUCUACCACCCGAUGAUUUUCACGACUUGAUGUGGACGCGCGCGGCGGCUGGCCCCGGUGAGGAGUCAGCCCAUUCGGAUAUGGAUAUUGAUAUACCGGAGAAACCGACAACGGGAGUGAAGAAGCGCAAGCGAGGCACGGCUGAUGCAGUAAGUGUUGCUGGUAGUACCACAACCAAGACAAGAGCUAGCACCGUCGAUGAUACCGACCAGGAAACUCCAUUUCCCAGUAGUCCUGCAGCACGAACGAGCGCGCGAGGUACUAGGAGCCAAAAACGUGCUGCUGCGAAGGCGAAGGCGGAGAGUGUAGAGCCAGAUGCUGAAGAAGACGUCGGUGAUGAUGGCGAGGAAGCCGAAGAUGAUGACAAUGAUGAAGAGGAAGACGAAGAAGAGAGCGAAAGGGAAGAGGCCAGUACUACUCCAACCACUCGAUCUGGCCGAGGAAGUGGCACCAGAGGACGAGGUACCCGUGGUCGAGGUCGAGGGAAGGCGGGUCGGAAGAAGGGUUGAACGAAUACUCAACCAUGGUUGAUGAUAACAACCUCCUUUUUCAACGUAGAGCAGCCGGACUCGUCUGCAAAAUGCAGGGGCAAUACUCACAGUAAGGCCAGUACAUCUACCCGCGUAAAGCACGAUAGACACCCAAGUUAGGGAGCGUGAUUCCAUUAUAGUUUUGGCUAGUAUUAGGCCCAAUAAGUCAUUGUAAGGGGGUUUCAAGGCAAUUUCAAAAGUUCCCAGAAACCCUCAUAACCUAGACAACAUGGAUUUAUAAUCUUAGGUAUGUUCAUGAAAG